ACGUAUGGUAUUUUCAAACGAUUACUGAUAACUAUGAUUACCAAAAACACAAAAGUUUCCUUAUUCCAAACAGCACAAUAUGUGUGCAAUACAAUUUUCCAUACAUUAGUUGUUUUAGUAUCGGUAGUUAUGUUUCACGUCUUCUUCAAUAAUUUUGAAAAGGAUGCGAAGAGAUUAUGGCACAUUUUUCUCAGUUCUUGUGCGUUCGUACCACUAAUGGCGGAGGGAAUUGUUUUGAUGUAUGACUUGAAUGUUUGGAGCCUGGAGAUUGGCAGAGUGCAGAAAGCUUAUCUUCAUGGGUUCCUCCUAAGUCUUAGUACUAUAGCAAUUUCAGUUGGCAUUUUAUUUGAAACAGUUUCCAAGGCUGAGAAUGGGCAAGAACACUUCCAGACAUUCCACGCCGUUACAGGUUUGAUUUCCUGGAUCCUAGCCGUGGUAUCUAUAAUUUUUGGCCUGUUUGUUACAUAUUCCCAUACUCUGAAGAAUUUGAUCAAGCCAGUAAUUUUAAAAUUCAUUCACAACUACAUUGGAAUUGUAGGAUACGCAGUAGGCAUACUCAGUUUGUGUUUGGGAUUGUAUUAUUGGGGUUUCUCUGACUUCGUAAAACCCAAUGAUCAACAGGCUACAGUAGGACUAGUAGGAAUCAUAGGAAUAUGGACAGUACUUGGGGCCUGCAAGUCAUUAUAUUAUCA